AUGGGCUUAUUUUUCUCGAAGCUUGGUCAGCACAAGCUGCUUGCCACCCCCAACAUGCGCGGUAACUUGGAGACGUGGCUCUUUAACGGGCUUCUGCUUCGCAUCAUUGACACGUCCACCCGUACAUUGGCCUUCUUCAACAACUCAAGGGACUACGAGUUUCACAUCACCUACCUGCUGAGCGCGGGCAGCGUGGUUCGUCCGCUGGACAAAACCACCGUUAAGACCCAGAACGAUGGCGUCCGGUGCGAGCUGGUGGUCUACCCGCUGAAGACGCAGCGCUUCAUCGUCGGCGACGUCAUCAGAUACGAAAGCAAAAUUGAGGCUCUUCCCCUCUCCAACAUUUACUUCCAGUCCCACCCAAACAUUAACGAGCACGCAUACCUCCGCCGUCUCGCGCCCCCCAGCGCCUCCUGGUUUUAG